AUGAAUUUCUUUGGCGCCUUCAUUGCGCUCGCCAUCUGUGCGCUAUGCGGAUUAACCCAAGCGGAUAUAUCGCUCAAGUUGCGACAGCAGCAGCAACAGCAGCAGCAGCAGCAACAGCAGCAGCAACAGCAACUGCAGCAACAGCAACUGCAGCAGCAGCAACCGCAGCUGAUCACCAAGGAGCAGUACUACAAGACGGGCGGUGGCUUCCAGGAGAGUAACUACGCCAACUCCGGCUAUCAGAUCUUCGAGGUGCACAAUCACUUCGCCGCCAAGGGCCCCGCCUACCUGCCGCCCUCGGGUCAGAGUGCAAAUGCUCAUGCCCACGACGAUAGCUUGGACUUGAGCUUCCUCAACUUUGCCGAUGCCCCAGCUCCAGCUGCAGCUCCUGCUGCCACUCCAGUUGCCACUCCAGCUGCAGCUGCUCCUGCGCCAGCUGCUGCCUCGAUUCCCGUGCCCUUCCCUUCGAGCUACCAGCAUGAAUUCCAGCGCACAGCUCCGGCUUCAUCCCCGGUGGGUUACAGCGGUCAGGCCUAUCUGCCACCCACGGUUGCCGCACCCAUUGUCCAGCAGCAACAACAGCAGCAAGUGAUUCAGCAGCAACAGGAGUAUGUUCAGCAGCAGCAACAGCAAGUGGUGCAGCAGCAGCAACAGCAAGUGAUUCCGCAGCAGCAACAGCAAGUGGUGCAGCAACAGCAAGUGGUGCAGCAGCAGCAGCAGCAACAGCAGUACAGCCAACAGAACAACUACGAGGCACCAGCAUAUCUGCCACCCACUGCCGGAGAGGCAGUUGCCCAGCCAGUGGCCAACUACCAGGCCACGCCCAUCAGCUACCAGCAGCCACAGAAGGUCUUCCAAGGACCAACAUAUCUGCCACCACAGCAGCAGGAACAGCAGCAGCAGCAGGUGCAGGUGCAGCAAGUUCAAGAGGUGCAACAGCAACAGCAACAGCAGCAGUUGCAGCAGCAGCAAGUGCAGCAGAUUCAGUCCGUUCAGCAACAGCAGGAGGUUUCUGUGCAGACUCAGGGUCAGGAGUACCGUGCUCCUGGCUACCUUCCACCUGGCUACGAAUUCGCGUCUCCCGAUCAGUUGCCCGUGUCGCUCAGCCAGAGUGUCGCCACCGCGCAGAGUGUGUCGUCGGUGCAGAAUGUUGCCACCACACAGAGUGUUGCGUCCGUGCAGCAGGUGGCCGGCGAGUAUCGUGCUCCUGGCUAUCUGCCACCUGGCUACGAUGAGCCACGUCCCCAGGCACCAACCCAGAUCACCUACCAGCAGGCACAGCCGCAGCCACAGCAGCAACAGCAACAACAGCUGCAGCAGCCACAGCAGCAACUGCUGCAGCAGCAACCACAGCAGCAGCAGCAACAGGUGUACGCUGCUCCCACGGAAGCAACCGUUAGCAAUCCUGGUGCCCUGCCCGAUGGCUAUGACUUCGUUAAGCCCGAAAAUGCCGAGGCCGCCAUUGCCGAGCUGCACAGCCUGCAAACCCAAACCAAGUUGCUGAAGCAGCAGCAGGAGCAGCAGUUGCUCUUGCAGCAGCAGCAACAGCAGCAGCAGCAGCAGCAACAGCAACAGCAGCAGCAACAGCAGCAGCAACAGCAGCAGCAACAGCAGCAGCAACAGAUCGUGGUGCAGUCUCAGUUGCAGGUUGCCCAGCAACAGCAAAGCGCAGACAUCGUCUAUGGUCGUCCCAAGUCGCAGCAGCAGCAGCCUUUGGCUCCUCAAGGCACACUGGCCACAUCCACUGCCGCCGGCAGCUACCAGCAACAGUUUACGGCUCCUGGCUACCUGCCUCCCACUGGCACUGCCACUGCUUCAGCUCCAGCUCCAUCGCCAGUUGCCGUUUCCAUUCCAGCUCCUGCUCCAUUGGCUGCUCCUGCUCCAGUUCCUGCUCCUGCUCCCGCUCCAGUUCCCGCUCCAGCUCCUGUGGCCGUUGUCCAGGCGACCGCCACUUCCAGCAGUCACUCCUACCAGCAGCAAUACAGGGCUUCUGGCUAUCUGCCACCAGCAGUGGCUGCUCCUGCUCCCGUCCGAGUUGCUGCACCAGCUCCAGCUCCAAUCCGUGUUGCAGCUCCUGCGCCAGCUCCUGUUGCAGUUCGUGUUGCAGCUCCCGCUCCCGCUCCCGCUCCCGCGCCCGCUCCCAUCCACGUGAGUGGCCCCGCUCCCAUCGCCAUUUCACUGCCCGCUCCAGCGCCCACCCAGGUGACGCACAUCCACUCCCUGAGGAGCUACAUGAACACCGUGCAGCCCUUCGCCCGCUAUGCGCAGCCAGUCACCGUACGCCAGCAGCAGCAUCAUCAUGUCCAGCAGCAACAGCAGCAACAGCAGCAACAGGUCAUCGAGGUGGCUCCCAUGUACCGUGAGCAGUCGAAGCGUCCCCGUUUCUAUGCCCCUGCCUACGUGAGCAAUGCUGUGCCCCGCCAGCAGCCGCAGCAGCUGCAGCAGGCACAGCACCACCUGCACCACCACUACCACCGCGUGGUGCAGAGCCAGCAGAAGCUGCAGCCCACCCUGAACUUCAAGGCGCAGCAGUCGCUGCAGAAGUUCAUGCCCAAGGACGUGCAGGUGGCGGUAAAUGUGGCCAUGGCAGCCACGGCCCCCGUGGUGGCACCCGUCGCCCUGCGCGGCAGCUCCCGGGUGCGCACCGUGCAGAUAGUGAAGCCGCAUGCCACACGCACGUUCAAGGUGCUGGAGCAACUCGAUCAGGCUGGCGUGAAGACGAUCAAGAUCCUGGGCGCGAGCAAUGAGCAGCCGCAGGGACGUCAUCAGGUGGUCAGGGUGGUGACCCAGAAUGCGCACAGCGGUGCGGAGAGUCACGUGCAGACCGUCAAGAUCUACGACGACGUGCAGCAGCCACUGCGAUUGCUGCCACUGGCGCAGCCACAGAGUCACAACGCCUACUUGCCACCAGCUCGUCCCAGGGCGCGUAUCGUGCGGCAGGCGUCGAAGCCACUGCGUCUGCAUCCCGUGGCCAGUCUGUAG